CCACGGCCCUGGAGGGUUGGUGAGCGCGACCGGAGGCCGGUUUAGGAACGGUUCGUUUGGACAGGAUGCGGACGAAGGAAAGGAGGAAGGGCUGCUCAGAAUAAGGUCUUCUCUUGAAUCGGCAGCGACGCCCCCGGCGCGUGCACAAAGGCUCCGACGGCGGCCGGCGGGGACUGCCGAGCGCGCGGGAGCCGGCGCCAGAGGUCGCCUGUGCGCGACCUAGCCAAGCCCCAGGCACCAUGCCGCGGCGCCUGCAGCCCCGGGGAGCAGGCACAAAGGGCCCGCCUGCCACAACCUUGGCGGCUUCGGAGGCCGCCUCGCGUCCCCAUCCCUCCGCCUCCGGGGACCCCCCAGCAUCGGCCAAGCCGCUGCUGCGCUGGGACGAGGUGCCCGACGACUUCGUGGAGUGCUUCAUCCUGUCGGGCUACCGGCGGCUGCCAUGUACGGCGCAGGAGUGCCUAGCCUCGGUACUGAAGCCUACCAACGAGACGCUCAACUUCUGGACGCACUUCAUCCCGCUACUGCUGUUCCUGAGCAAGUUCUGCCGCCUGUUUUUCCUGAGCGGCCAGGACGUGCCCUUCCAUCACCCAUGGCUGCUGCCGCUCUGGUGCUACGCGUCGGGCGUGCUGCUGACCUUCGCCAUGAGCUGCACGGCGCACGUGUUCAGCUGCCUGUCGCUGCGCCUGCGCGCUGCCUUCUUCUACCUGGACUACGCGUCCAUCAGCUACUACGGUUUUGGCAGCACGGUGGCCUACUACUACUACCUGCUGCCGGGCCUGAGCUUGUUGGACGCCAGAGUGAUGACACCGUAUGUGCAGCAGCGCCUGGGCUGGCACGUGGACUGCACACGCCUCAUUGCUGCCUACCGCGCGCUCGUGCUGCCCGUGGCCUUCGUGCUGGCUGUGGCCUGCACGGUGGCCUGCUGCAAGAGCCGCACAGACUGGUGCUCUUACCCGUUCGCGCUUCGCACUUUUGUCUUCGUCAUGCCGCUCAGCAUGGCCUGCCCCAUCAUGCUCGAGAGCUGGCUCUUUGACCUGCGCGGUGAGAACCCCACGCUCUUCGUGCACUUCUAUCGUCGCUACUUCUGGCUAGUGGUGGCCGCCUUCUUCAAUGUGAGCAAGAUCCCCGAGCGCAUCCAGCCAGGCCUCUUUGACAUCAUUGGCCACAGCCACCAGCUCUUCCACAUAUUCACUUUUCUCAGCAUCUAUGACCAGGUGUACUAUGUGGAGGAGGGCCUGCGCCAAUUCCUCAAGGCGCCACCUGCUGCACCCACCUUUUCUGGCACAGUGGGUUACAUGCUGCUGCUGGUGGUCUGUCUGGGGCUGGUCAUCAAGAAGUUCCUAAACAACUCGGAAUUCUGCAGUAAAAAGUGAACCUUCGCCUUGGAGGAGGCCGCUGGUUUGCUCACCUAUUUGUUUGGAGUUUCUGUUGUUGCUACUGUUGGUUUGUUUUCAAGUUUUGUUGUGUUUCCUUCUUUGCUCGAGGAAGGUGCUGCAAAACCACAGGGAAAAAAUCCAAUGCAACAAGGGGGUCUCAGUGCACUUGGGGCUUUUGAAGAGGGAGGUGGUUCCAGCAGGAGGGAGAGGGUCACUGGUUCUUGCCCCUGGAAAAAUUCUGGUGGUGUCUCUGACAUCCAGAGGCAGUGAGGAAAAUCCCAAAUAAAACCCCAAACAGUUCGGUUUUCCGGUCACUUUCUGUGCCAGUGGUAAUGACAAGUAGCCCUUGUGAGGUCAAGUAUGCAGUAAAGAGGGUAAGUAGACAAAAUCGUUGGGUACUUCCAUUUCAGUCUGAGGAAUGCUUGGAUUUGUCAAAAGAAUGGAGCUUUGUAGGAAACGGGCACAAAGACACAAACCCAGGGCUUAACCUACUAGAAAAUGCAUGGAAUGUGAACACAAGUUAAUUAUCUCAAAAUGUUUCUCAGAUGUUAUUUAAAUAGUAAUAUAUACAAUGAUUUUUCAUGAUUUAUCAAAGCCUGUGAUAUACACUGAAUUGUCUUUGUUACAUAGUUUUGAAUUUUGCAGCCCUUCUGCAUUGCAUACACUUGAACUGGACAUCAGGGCAAGCUGCUUGAGAAUUCUCAACUACUUUUUUAAACAGUGUUUUCUGAAGGUGUAUGUGUGUCAUGAUACAACUGUGAAUUAUUCUACCUUAGGGACUCUGGUUAAACUAUUGUUGAGGAGCUCAGUGGUUUGUAUACAUCCCAGAUUCCAAUUUACUUUAAUGUAUUCCACAAAACCUUUCUUAUUUUUUGUUUUGUUUUUGAUUUUAUUGUUUCCUUCUCUAAUUAUUUAAAUUGCCACUAGAAUAAUGUGCCUUUUGAAGGAAUGCCCAAAGGACCGGUCCUCAAACAUAGUUUCAUGCAUGGGGAGAGCGGUAAGAAUAAGCUUUUCUUACUUUACUGCAAAUCAGGGUCUAACAUUCCACCCAGAAGAGAAGGAAGAUGGUGUUGAUUUUAAGUUUUUGGUAGGACUGGAAGUAGCUUACCGGGACCUGCAGAGCAUUUGACUUCUCUAAGAGAAGGAGUCAACCCGCUAAAGUGGCUGUGGUUCUUAAUGCAGCCAUUGGGGGAAGGUGAGAGGAAACUGUUCUCUACACCGAUGCCAUUUAUCCUUGCUUAAAAUUCAAAACAUAAUAUGCAGGAAUAACUGAGGCAGUUAAAUUAUGGAAGUCGGGAGCAUAUUACUUGAGUUGUAAUUGAAAAUGUUGAGUUAAAUAACAUUAACUUUGCAUAGUUAAAACCCUGAAGUCUCAUUUGGAUCCCCACUAUGGAAAUGAAUGGCAGUGGCCCUAAGUCGUUGAAAAAUUAGUGAAUGUGCCCCUGCGAUCCUUCCUAACAACAGCAUUGGCCGAUGUUAUUUAAGACAUUUCUCAUAAACAAUAACCUGUACUUGAGAUAACAACUCUAGGUUAACACAAAACCACUGAGGUGGCUUAUUGAAAUACUUAUCACACUUCCUGAUAAGUUCUUUUGGUUAAGAGCCAAAUAAGUCAUUGAAUGGGGAGUCUUGACUUCAUAGUAUAAUUUAGAUCAAGCACAUAAGGUAGAUGAACACUUACCUCAGCACUGGUAGGCUGGAUCUCCUUAAAAGAUCUGUUUUUGUUUAUGCUUUUAAUCUCUACUGUAUUUGUAAACAGAGAGGCUUGGCACAAUUCCCUGGAGUAACCAGUAUUCUUGUGUGUUAAUCUGCACACAGAAGUUAACUUUACAUAUGUCUAUAUUUAAUUUAGAACCUCUUAAUGAAAUUGUAAAUACACUUUGCACACUUGCUGAUGGGUGUCUGUCCAAUCUUACGCAAAGUGCAAGGAGGUUCCCCUUAGGUGAUAGAGGCUGAUAAUUUGUGCCUAGCACAGAUGUUUUUCCUCAGCUAUAACUUAACUCAGUGCAUGUAUUCAAGGACAGUUGUGGAAAUCAGGAUAUUUCCACAUGCAAACUUAUUUGCAUGUCAUUGCUGUCUCUUCUAGAGCUCCAAAGAAUGUUAGUGUGGAAGCUAGAGAAACAGGUCGAAGAUUGGUAGCUUCCUUGUAAAAUGGGACCUCCCCUUUCAGAUGAAACUUUCAAGGGACAGAUUCUAAAAAGGGUCCAUGAGUUUGAGAACAAGAAAUAAACCCCAUAUUUGUCAUUUUAAACUUUUGUAGGAGAUGUUCUGGGUCUACAAAUAGAAUUAUCUUCUGCCCUGUGUCUUUGUCCUUAAACAGAGGCCACUUAAGGAUAAAUUUAUACCCAUAUCAUUUUCAAGUGAUUAUGAUGCAUGAGCCCAGUAAGGUGACACAGUUUUCCCCUGAAAGUUUUCAGCACCCCGUAUGUCCCAGAGUGAAUGAGGACUCACUUUCCUUCCCUUUGCCUUUUCCUUCCUCCACUUUGCUUUCCCUCAUUCCAUCUCAGUUUUUAUGUACCACAUAUAACAUUGAUAAAAGGACAUUCUGGUGGAAAACAAUGGUUUGACUUCACUUCAUAUUUGCAAAUAGAUACCAUAUAUGCUAUAAAGGACCAGGGAUGAUUUGUGAAACUAUGUAUGUUAUUUGCUAAAUUAUAUCAGAUUUCUGUCCAGAUGAAUGAUGAUAUUUUAGAAGCAGCAAAUAUUUACUGAGUUUCCAUUUGCAUGGAACUAGCCAGGUAUAUUAUUACAUAUUUCAGGGGUAACACGGCAGUCAGAAUAAAAUAUCUUUAAAAAAUAUCUUUGACAUUCUCCAUUUUGCCAUACCCAUUAGAAUUCAGUUUUGCUUUAUUGUGUUCAGCUGUUUGAAAUGUAGAACAAAUGAUAAAUAAGAAUGUACUCCAUUAUCUCUGCAAAACCUAUUUUGCCAGUGGAAUUUUGAAGCAGAUUAUGUAAUACAUUUUAUUUUUACUUGUUAGUCAUGAUCUCGAUGACAUCUCAAGGAGCAGCGUCAUAAAGUCAUGCCUGGGAAAUGAGGGGGUCUGACUUCAGAGCCUGUCACCUUGGGGGCUGGUCUCAGGCUGACUCAGCUGAGUGGGUUGGCUAAAGGGGGUUCCUUUCUUCCAUGUCCUUGCAGCUACACCCUCAGGUGAAAGGGAUGACCUUCCCAGAGAGAAGUGAGUUUUUUGGUCAUGUCAUGACUGGCUUGUAAAAAUAAAUGUGAUCUUUUCCACUGGCCAUACACUUUCUAUAAAUAGCCCGGGAAGAAAGUAUGGGGCUUCAGAGCUGGCCAGAGUGGCCUUCACAUGUUUCCAUUCAUAAAUCCUACCCUUAAGUGCUUGCAGUUAAAAACCAUUUAGCCUAAUUCAUCAUGCCACUUCAGGGGAAUCAUUUCUAAGAAUGCAGAAUUGGGGGGAUGGAGGUGAUUUUUAUUUUUUCUGAUUUGGUGCUGAAUCUGAGGGCUCCCAGCAAUAAAGAACAGGGAUUGUUACCUUCAAAUCUCUUCUCAGUUUUAUUUGGUUAAUCUGCUCAAAGCUAUAGUAGGAGACAGGUACAGUAGGAAUUAUCUCCAUUUCGAGGUUCUACCAAGGCACAGAAUGAAGUUUUCAAACUGGCAUUAGAAUGUGGGGAUGGCUGUGUGCUCAGCUGAGUGUUUUUUGCUAGUUUGCAUGGCUAUGAUGCCUGGCCAAGCACACAGACACUAAUUGGAGAUGUAUGUGGAUACAGGUAUAUAAUUUAUAAUUGUAAAACAGUGAAGUGAGAUGUGGUUAUCCUUGAAUUUAGAUUAUAAAAAUCUUAAACAGAAUGUUACCAGGUAAAUAGUUUUUAUCAUCUAGGAUUGUUCUUCAUCUAUUAACAUCUACCAUGCUGACUUUACCCUGUCAGUAUCUUUUGAGCUGAUUUCCACAUUUGUUCAUGUAAUCCUUUUAAUAAUCAUUGAGCACCUACUGCAUAGAAGACAUUGGUCAAGGAUCCAUCCAUAUUAUUACAGUUUGGUUCUUUUCUCCUUUUGGUUAGCAUAAGAGCAAUGCAUAGAAUCUUAUUUCAAUUAACAUGCUAACUUACCCAGAAUCAAUUUCUUUCCUUUCUCUCUCUUUUUUUUUUCUGUCUGCUCCUAGGCCUAUGUGAAUUUUAUUAUUAAAAAUAAUUUAAAAUUUUAAUUGCAUUGAGGGUGAAGGGAUAGCAGGCAUAUGUACAUAGAAAGGGUUGGAAAUUUUAUCAUCACUACUAAUAGAGAUACUAAUCACAACCACUUUUGGGGUGGUUAAUAGUAUUCAUGUCAUUACGAAGCAAGUUUCAUCCAAAGUGCCUAGAGUGUGAUGUCAUUAAGUGUCUGAAUUUCAUAGAUAACAUACUUAAGUUUUAAAAGUAUGAGCUUAAAUCUCCAAAGAUUAACUGACGUUCUUUAACCUUUUCUUCUUUUAAGGUCAUUGUAUUGUAAUCUAUAAAACAAGUCUUAGAAAAAAAAUUGAUCUAGAGUAAAUUAUAAAGAAAAAGUAUCAGAUGUGGAAAAGACAGGAAGAAGGCAUGAGAUGGGGAGAACAAGGAGGAUUAGACUCAAAGAGUUACAAUGGGACAGCAAGUUCAACUAUGGACAAUUUCUUCUGAGUUUUAAGUUUUGUCCCUAGAAAAGCAUGUGAACUCGCAUGGGGUUAGCACUCAAAUGGACAGGCAAGGAAUUCUAUUUGGCAGCCUAAUCACAUCCUGUAGCUUUUGACCUGAGCACCAGUGCCAAGGUACAUUUCGAGUAGUACACUUACCCCUAGCUUAAUGUCCUUAAUUUGUUUCCAUAAAAAUUAGGACGUAAGGCAAAAAGGCAUUAGGGGAUAGCACCAGCCAAUUGUAAAUUACCUUUCAAAUCAUCUCUUUAAAGGAUUGCCAAUAUCCUCUGACAUAAAUUGCCUGACGAAAAGCAAACAAGCCUAGACAAACUGAAAAAAGAAGGCUUUCACUGGUUUAAGCUGAGCACUACUAUAUUCCAAUGUGAUAGGCCACACACCUUCCUGGUGAAGAUUUUAUUCCUUCUUCAAUACUAUGAAUAGUUCUCUCUUAAUUGUGAAAAUGGAUGUCAGUUCUUCUUAGUUACUAUUCUAAAAAUUGAAUGCAAGUUUUUGUUGUUGUUUUAAAAGGACAAAUGUAUUGUGUUUCUGAUUUGCAGAUUUC